AUGAACAUUAAUGCUAUCACAGGACUGUUUUCUGGAUUAGGCAAGAUGCUUACUAGCAAAGUUGAAUAUAUCAAUGUGCCUGAGGAACAAUUAAUGGGAAAAUGGUUCCAGAUGUACAAAGCUUCAGUUAACUUUGAUAAUCUCAAGAAUCAAAUGUACUGUCCAAUCUCAUAUUUCAGCUCCAAUCCUAUUAUGGGUGAAGGUGGAUUUUCAAUGGAGGAAGCUUACCGUGUGAUUUCAAAGAGUGGUCCAAUCGAGACUUAUAAGAGAGAUGUCAGCAAGGUUGGCCCAGGACAAUACUGGAUCUACACUGAGGAAUACUUUUAUCCAAAACAAUUAAACAUCAUUGGAUGCGGUCCGAAUUACGAUGCAUCUUCCAACGAGACCCAGAACGAUAUUGAAUACUUCAUAACGACAGAUUCCAGCAAGAUGUCUUUCUCCGUAUAUGCUAGGGACCCAUCAACUUUCUUCCAGACACACAAUAAGGAAGUCACUGAAUUCAUGGAGAGCAAAGGGUUUGGCGGUAAAGCUUUUUGGAACAGUCCAAAGCCAUUGUAUCAAGGACCAGACUGUGACUGGCCAACAGAGAAAGAAGUCUUUGCUAGACGUGUUUUGAAGAAUCAAGAAAAUGAAAAGCAAGCAAAGAAGCAAGAAGCUGAACCUGAGACAUCUUCCCGAUCAAUGGACUUGUCUUUAACCGACCUGUUACAAAACCCCAAAGCAGCUUGGGAACGAUUAAUCAGACCACUAGAAAACUUUAAUCCAGAAAAAUUGUAA